AUGACUCAGAGUAGCAUUCCGAUCAAGAUUGACUCUAAGGAAGUCUCACAAAACCUACUAAAUCAAUAUGAUACUUUUUUGUUUGACUGUGAUGGAGUUUUGUGGUUAGGAACUCACUUGCUGCCCCACAUAAAGGAGACACUGGAGUUGCUGACCUCGCAGGGAAAAACAUUAUAUUUUGUUACAAAUAACUCAACUAAGUCGCGCGCUGCUUAUGCAAAGAAGUUUGCAUCUUUUGGAAUUGUUGUUGGCGAGGAUCAAAUAUUUACGUCAGGCUACGCCUCUGCGUUGCACGUACGGGACUCGCUCAAACUGAAGCCAGGCCACGAUAAAAUUUGGGUUUUUGGAGAGCAAGGGAUAGUCGACGAACUUAAGCUGAUGGGUUUUGAGUCCCUGGGAUGCAACGAUUCGCGGUUGGAUGAAACCUUCGACAUUACCACUUCUCCUUUUAUCAAAGAGGGGCUAGACCCAGCCGUUAAAUGCGUUAUUGCGGGUCUCGACACCAAAGUGAACUACCAUCGUCUGGCCAUCACCUUACAGUAUUUACAGCAGCCGGAUGUUGAGUUCGUGGCAACCAAUAUUGAUUCCACCUAUCCCAACAAGGGAUACGUUUUGCCAGGUGCUGGUUCUAUGAUCAAUUGCGUCGCAUUUGCUACUGGCAGAGAGCCCGCGGCUUGCGGCAAACCUAAUCCAAACAUGCUAAACGCCAUUGUUACUGCGAAGAACUUGGAUAGGUCGAAAUGCUGCAUGGUGGGCGACCGGCUAAACACUGACAUUAGGUUUGGGGUAGAGGGGAAACUAGGUGGGACGCUAUUAGUUCUUACUGGUAUCGAAACAGAAGCCAAUGCUACUGACGCUUCUGGCGAUCAUCCUCUACCAAAAUACUACGCUGACAAGCUUGGCGACAUCUACGAAUUGAUAAACUAA